AUGGAGGGAGCCGCGCCGCAGCAUAAGCGCUACAUCUGCUCUUUCACGGAGUGCCUGGCAGCUUACAACAAGCAGUGGAAGCUGGACGCCCACAUGUGCUCGCACACGGGGAUCAAGCCACACGCGUGUCCGCAAGACGGCUGCGCCAAGUCCUUUACCAGCUCAUAUCACCUGGCCCGCCACCAGCUCACUCACAGCGGCCUGCGCCCCUUCCCGUGCGAGGUGACCGGCUGCGGGGAGGCCUUCACCACCAAUGCCAACCGCGUGCGCCACGUCAGUCGCGUCCACGCGGAAGGAGAGACGAAGCGCUAUGUUUGCACGGUAGACGUUUGCGACGCCGUCUUCAAGAAGCACCAGCAGCUCAAGGCGCACAUGAGUGAGAGCCACACGCACGUUCCCGCCUACGCGUGCACGCACGAGGGCUGCGAUAAGCGCUUCAGCUUUCCAAGCCGUCUCAAGCGACACCUCAAGGUGCACCAAGGCUACCCCUGCAACCUCUCAGGCUGCACCUUCACGGGCUCUACAUGGACCGAAUACGUGAAGCACCGCAAGGAGCAACAUCGACGCCAAGCGAUGUGCCCAGAGUGUGGCAAGUCUUUCAAGGACAACUGGUUCCUGGAGCAACACCGGCGCGUACACGCCGACACACGGAAGGUGUAUCGGUGUCCGCGCGACACGUGUGACCGCUCAUUCACCACCACCUUCAACCUGCAAAGCCACCUGCGCACAUUCCAUGACGAGCGGCGGCCCUUCUCCUGCGACCACCCUGGUUGUGAGCGGACCUUUGCCAUGAAGCAGAGCCUACAGCGGCACAGUGUUGUUCACGACCCGCAGCGGAAGAAGAUGACGCGGCCCAAGAGGUCACUGGCAUCCCGGUUGAGCGGAUGCAGUGACAAGAUGGCAAAAUCGAGGGUGCCCGAGACCCAGAAGCCUCCCGGUCCGGUGGAGCUUGUCCAUCUCCUGCAAGACACAGCCCUGCUCGGUGGAACUCCUCAGGAACUGUAA